GUUGCGACAAGGAUAGCUCCAUCUCUUUGUCAAUUCACCACUACUUUGCAAGCUGCUACUCAGGACUUGUGGCCACAUUUAUGUCGUCCACUUAGGCCUCAUAUAAAUCCUCUUUCCUUCCCCUCUUCGUCUCGGAUUGCUUCACUCAUUCAGCAGUCGUCCCUCCCACAACCACCCAGCAUGGCCCCCAAUUUGCGGCACUCCAACAAAAUGCUACGCUCUCCAGUGCUGGCAUUCGUAUGCCUCUUCUUUCUCUUCAGCUCCACCGCACUGGCUGCGUCUGCAGUAAUAGGGGUUGACCUCGGGACCGAAUACAUCAAAGCAGCUCUCGUCAAGCCAGGAAUCCCUCUCGAAAUUGUCCUAACAAAAGACUCACGGCGGAAAGAGAUGUCCGCCGUAGCUUUCAAGCCUUCGAAGAACAUCAAGAGUGGAGAUUUCCCAGAACGAGUUUAUGGCUCCGACGCUCUUGCCUUGUCAGCUCGAUUCCCGGGCGAUGUAUACCCAAACCUGAAGAGAGUGCUUGGACUUGGGGUAGACAACUCGGUCGUGAAAGAAUAUGCCUCGCGGCACCCCGCUUUGAAACUAGAGGCUGAGAAAACAAGGGCGACUGCGGCUUUCCGAAGCGGUGCAUUCCCAGCGGACGAGGAAGCAUGGAUGGUGGAGGAAAUACUCGCAAUGGAGCUACAAAGUAUCCAGAAGAACGCAGAGGCAAUGGCAGGGAAAGAUAGUGUGAUCAAGGACCUGGUCGUUACAAUCCCACCAUUCUAUACGGCACAGGAGAAGAGGGCUGUAGAAUUGGCUGCGAAGUUAGCAGGACUGAGACUGUUGGAGUUGGUCAGUGACGGAUUGGCUGUCGGGCUGAACUACGCUACUUCUCGAACUUUUCCGAGCAUCAAUGAGGGUGGAAAGCCGGAAUAUCAUAUGGUGUUUGACAUGGGUGCUGGCUCGACAAAGGCCACGAUAUUGAAAUUUCAAGGACGGACAGUGAAGGAUGUCGGGAAAUUCAACAAGACAAUUCAGGAGGUUCAAGUUCUAGGCAGCGGUUGGGACAGAACGCUUGGUGGAGAUGCUCUCAAUGCGGUUAUUAUGGAUGACAUGAUUACCCAAUUUGUUGCAUCACCGAAAGCUAAGAGCUUAUCACCAACCAUUGAGGCUGUCCAAGGCCAUGGACGGGCUGCAGCAAAGCUUCUAAAAGAAGCAGAAAAAUUGAGGCAAGUUCUCAGCGCCAAUGCCAAUACACAAGCCAGCUUCGAGGGUCUGUACGAGGAUAUCGACUUCAAGUACAAGAUCAGUCGGGCGGACUUCGAGAAGAUGACGGAGGCUUAUGCGGCCCGUAUUGGCGUUGCAGUUCAGAAGGCUCUCGACAUGGCCAAUAUGGAUGUCAAGGAUCUCGAUUCCGUCAUUCUCCAUGGAGGCGCCAUUCGAACCCCCUUUGUACAGAAGGCUCUUGAGAAGAUUGUCGGAGCGUCAGACAAGAUUCGAUCCAAUGUCAAUUCUGACGAGGCUGCUGUGUUUGGAGCUGGAUUCAGAGGUGCGGGCCUUAGUCCGUCUUUCCGUGUCAAGGAGAUCAGAGCAUUCGAAGGUGCUGCAUACGCAGCUGGCAUUAAGUGGACCAACAUCCACGAGAAGCCGCAACACCAGAGACUUUGGCAAUCAACCUCGUUCUUGGGAGCCGAGAAGCAGUAUGCCUUCAAGAACCAGAAGGAAUUCACAAUUGAUUUCUACCAGCACAUUCCUUCAUCUGAGAAUGUCUCACCUGGAUCAGCGGAGAAGGAGCUGCUGACACUCACAUCCCAAAAUCUGACUGAAUCUGUUUCCCGCCUUAAGGACAAUUUCGGCUGUACUGAUGGAGACAUAAAUGUCAGACUAACCACUCGUCUUUCUCCUGUCAAUGGUGAAGUUGAAAUUAUCAAGUUCAUCGUGGAUUGCGAGGUUGAUGUGUCGGAGGAAAAGGAGAGCAUGGUCGAUAGUGUCAAAGGCCUUUUUGGAUUUGGAAAGAAGGAUCAGGUACCACUCGCCGAGGAUGCCGGGGAGACAGAAACGGUAUCUGAAAGCACGAGCACAACUGAAACUAGCACCUCUUCAUCCUCGUCCUCAACCUCAACCCCAUCAACGUCCUCUGCAUCAGCAAAAGAGUCGAAGGAUGCCAAAGAUACGAAGCCGAAGCAAACCAAGCGACUCGAAGUCAUUCCCUUGAAAUAUACGACUGAAAUGAAGGGUCUUCCACAAAUACCCACCGCAGAGAUCAAACGCAUGAAAGACCGUUUACAGUCCUUCGAUGAUGCCGAUCGUUCGAAGCGGUUGAGAGAAGAAUCACUCAACCAGUUGGAAGGUUUCACCUACAAAGUUCGAGAUCUUCUCGACAAGCCCGAAUUCAUUGGAGCAUCGACCGAAGAGGAGCGUGCUAGUCUCGAGUCCAAAUCCAAAGCAGCGAGUGACUGGAUCUACUCAGGUGGUGCUGACGCCAGCCGAGAGGAAUUGAAGGCCAAGCUGAAAGAGAUGAAGGACAGCGUCACACCAAUCGAAUUCCGCAUGGAUGAAGCUGCAACGCGGCCAGAAAAAAUCAAGGCUCUCCAAGACGCUUUGAGCCAGACCAAACAAGUCAUCGCCGGCAUUACUGAACAAAUCCAUAACGAUACAAAAGCCCACGCAUCAUUCAGUUCAUCUAAAUCAGCAGCUGCAUCAGCAACCACAACCGCCGCCCCGACCUCUAACGAAUUUGAAGGCCUAGAAGACGAAGAAGCAACAGAGACUACCUCUGCUCCGAUCGAAGAAGAGACCAUGGACCCACCCGUCUACACCAAAGAAGACCUUGUCAAACCCCAAGCACAAUACGACACCAUCUCCAAAUGGUUAGCAGAAAAGCUUGCCGAGCAAGAGGAGCUCUCCGAGACCGCAGACCCCGUCCUCCUCACCAAAGACCUGACCGCAAAAUCUAAAGAACUGACGGAUAUGCACGUCAACCUGAUAAUGAAGUCUAUGAAACAACCCUACAAGUCCAAACGUCCUACCCCAAAGCUGAAGAAGAAGGCGAAGAAGACUUCCACGAAAAAGGCUAAAGGCUCCAAGACGGGGUCAGCAGAGAAGGCGGAGAAGACUUUGGGUUUCACCGAAGAUGGGAUGCCCAGCUUCAAGAUUGGCGAGGAUGGUGAGAUGCCAACGGAGGAGGAGAUCAUGGCGUGGAUUGAGAAGUCGAAGGCUGAGAACGCGGCUGCUGAUCCCAAAGCGCAGAAUGAGAGGUAUUAUGCUGGGGAGCAGGUCGUUCCGGACGAUGAAUUACCGACGACGGAUGAGGUCAAGAAGGAUGAAGAGAAGGUGGGGAAGCACGAUGAGCUGUAGGUGGUAGGUAGUAUAGAUUUGGAGUAUUUAGCGUUUGCAUUAUAUUUUCACCAUCUUUUGAAUUAUGUGAAUUGCACGAGAAUGCUGGUGUACCAAGUGUAUAUCCUACUUCGAGUCUUCCCCUCUGAACGGCCAGUUGCUUUGUGGAAAGGUUGGCUUUACGCCUGUGCAGCCUAAGUUGAAUUGAAAGGUGAAUCGGGAUAGAGUCGGAAGGUGAACUCGAGAGAGAACAACUGGGAAUUUACCAUUGCAUGUGAACUCGAAGUCGGGCUAUUUCGUCUACUUCAUCGACCGACACAACGGAACUCGAGGCUCAACCCCGCCGAAUCCGAGCAAAUCUCGUUGCUUAAGCAAACGUGGCGUCUCCUGCUGUAUGUAAUCCCAGAUCAACAGCUGCCUUGACGCGAGACUCGCUGACCUUGCUGCUUUCUAGCGUCCAGCUUCGUUGUCCAGGGCCGAAAGCGACCAGUCAAGACCUGCUCCGAGGA